GAGUUUGAGUGUAUCAGUUCACUGGAGGGCCACGAGAAUGAGGUGAAGAGUGCCAGUUUCUCUCCGUCUGGCUCGUACCUGGCCACCUGCAGUCGAGACAAGAGUGUCUGGAUAUGGGAAGUGGUGGAAGAGGGGGAGGAGUAUGAGUGUGCCAGUGUCCUCCACCAUCACACACAGGAUGUCAAGAAGGUAGUGUGGCAUCCACACCAAGAGUUGCUGGCAUCAGCUAGUUACGAUGACACUAUCAAGAUGUACAGGGAAGAUGACGAUGAUUGGAUAUGCUGUGGCAGUUUGGAAGGCCACCAGUCGACAGUGUGGUCCAUUGACUUUGACGCAUCUGGAGAUAGACUAGUUUCCUGCAGUGCUGAUAAGACGUCAAAAUCUGGAGAAACUGCAAAUCUGGUAGGAGGUGGUGGUGCCGGGGACGAGAAUGUGUGGAGGUGUGUGUGUACUCUGAGUGGUUACCAUCAGAGAGAUGUGUACGAUGUCAGCUGGUCUAAGUGUUCUGGUUUGCUCGCUACAGCCUGUGGUGACAACGUACUGAGGAUAUUCAAAGAAGCCCAUUCGUCGGAUGUGAACUGUGUCAGCUGGCACCCUUCAGACCCCAGCCUGCUGGCUACCUGCUCUGAUGACUCCUGCGUACGAAUCUGGAGACUUACCACAAGCUAACCCAUCUCUCCUAACUACACACACUAUUGCUCUGACUCACUUUGACCAUUUUGCAGACGUGGUGAUAAAUUUUGUCUAAAAUUCCACUCAAUAGCCGAUUUCAAAACCUGUGUGUUGUGCUAAGUGUGAGUUACACUGAUGGAAAUACUCCACUAGAUGUGUGCUAACGUCGUCCGAUAUCUGUGGGUGUGGUCUCCCUUUGGCCCCGCCCAUACACUGGGUGUCCGACCCACUCUUGAAACAGUAGAACCCUUUCUUCUUGUCGAAGACAAAGUUUUCUUCACUGAAGAAAGGCUCCAGUCCCAUGCACAACUCUAACAUGUGGACUUGUUGAAACGGGUGCUCUACAUAAGCAUCCCCGUUCACGUAGCACAUCUGAUUCUGGCUAAACGUCUUCAGCCAAGAGGCUAUGUGGUACUCGUAGCAACUGGCGUUGAUAAACGGUUGCUCGGUAUGCAGGACGCCGUCUUUGAGCACCAUCUCGUCAAACGGAGGUAGUUUGGGAGAAUUGAAUUUUCUUCUCUGUAUGUUCCACUCUAGAUAUUCCGACAUUGCCCUAUCGAUUGGGUUUCUUGUGAUGACUAUAAACUUCAGGUCUUCUGGUUUUCUCCCAGCCAGCUCUGCAGCUGCAGUGAUCCGUGCUGGUACCUUUGGCCGGAGGAUAUAGUCUGGACUUUUCUCGAUGAGAUAGCCUCCUCGAGGCCUCGGUGGAAACGACGAGAGAUACUUGGAGAGUCCUUUCCCGUACUUGAGGGAGAAGAACCGCUCCUCUUUCUGAGGUCCUGCCAGCUGAGGGUGUAGCCUCAGGGCAUUGUAGAGCGCUCUCGUGCCGGAUUUCCCGAAUCCAACGAUCAUGAAGUGAGGGAACCUUUCCUUGAGUGUCUCUGGCAGGCCCACCUGGAGAUUGUCUGGUGUACUCCGCGACGGCUGUGAAAUAGCAGUGGUGGUGUUUGCACGGGAAGAGACAAUCAGGUUGGAAUUAGGGAGCCUCCCAAUUUUGUCCCGCAGCUGGUGGAGAAGGCGAGAGGGAGUUCCUCUGACUUCUCUCUCUACCAACAGACUGAACGGGUGGCCCGCCUCUUCUCCCUCACUAGCCGGCCGAGUCCUGUAGAGCAGUGCAUAGCCGGAGAGCAGGAGAGAGAAGGUCCCCAGGCAGGCCAGAGAGUAGACGAAACGCCUCUUCGACAAAAACCGUGCCAUCGACUUGUCUUUUGGAGCUCCAGCGAAGGAUAUUUGGUGCAAUACGCGACUUGUGCAGUAUAGCAGUUUAUGUUAC